GUAGUAGGUUAAUUGAAGACUCUAAAUUUCCCGUAGGUGUGAAUGUGAGUGUGGAUGCUUGUUUGUUUGUAUGUGCCCUGCGAUUGGCUGGCAACAAGUUCAGGGUGUACCCCGCAUCCUGCCCGAUGAUAGCUCCAGCACGCCCGCGACCCGAGUGAGGAGAAGCGGCUCAGAAAAUGGAUGGAUGGGUGGAUACUACUGCACAAGUGCUGCUCUCUUAUUUUGUAGAACACACUUUUAUUUUUUAAGACCUUACUUCGAAAAAGUUGACGUAUUUCCGGUUACUGACGCGCCAAAAUCGAAAACAAAAAUGGCCGUCGUUUGUUGACAUUUUGUUGACGUUCCUGUUUUCUCCUCAAAACUGUCAGAACGGCUCAAAUAAAAUCGCAUUAUUUGACACUCGGGCAGUUCUUAACAGCAAUUUUCAACAAUCAGACUGUCAAGUGGACCGAAUUUACUGGUCAAACGCUGAGAAGAAUUGUCGCUUGUCACCACCCAGAGUUCCUUCUGCCGGUGCGGCUGCAGCGUACACAGAAGUGGACAAAUAAAUACCCAAGCGAGGAUGAAAAAGUGGAGCGAGCGUCUGAAGAAGGUGGAGCAGCUGGCCGAGGCCUUCCAUCACAGUCCCGUGAUCCCUCGCUACAGGCCUCGACUUUGGCCGUGCCAGCCUUCCUCCGUCUGGAAGCUCUUCCAUCGCCAAAGUAUGGCGAUCGGCUUUGCUCAGAGCUGCAAGGAGCCUGUGCAUGUGUUUGCGCUGGAAAAAGAGAAGGCUCCCCGGGGUCAAAGGAUAUUCCUGGUGACCAGUUACGGUGAACUGUGGCACUACUACAGGACCUACACGCAGUCCUUGAUGCACUGCUACGAGGUGAUACCAGAGGGCGCUGUUUGCAAGCUGUACUUUGACUUGGAGUUCCACAAGCCCUCAAACAGAGAGGCCGAUGGGAAAAAGAUGGUGUCCAUGUUGAUCCAGUAUGUUUGUCAAAAGCUGAAGGACGUUUAUGGGGUUGAAUGCUCCGCAACAAACAUCCUCAGUCUGGACUCCAGCACAGAAGACAAAUUCAGUCGUCAUCUCAUCUUCAACCUCCAAAAUGCGUCUUUCAAAGACAACAUUCACGUCGGGGCCUUUAUUCAUGCCAUUCUUCAACCUGUCCUGGAUGGACACAAUGAAGGGGGAAGUACACAGACCAAAAGACAGAAACAUGAAGAGACUGACCUCAGUUUCCUUCACGUGAAAAACAAGGAUGGCAACCGUGCUCUUUUUGUUGAUCUCGGAGUCUACACCAAGAACAGAAAUUUCCGUCUUUACAAGUCAUCCAAGGUCGGGAAGAGUGCUGCCUUCUCCUUAGCGGACGACAACAAGUUCAUCUCCAAACCCAACGAGAGCGUUUCUGCAGAGGAAAGUGUGUUCUUAGCGUCUUUAGUGUGCAACGUGAGCUUCACAGGCCAGAGAAUUCUGAUGUGGGAAGUCACGGACGCUGAGGCUUUUAGGACCACCAGGGGUCAGAGCCAGCAGGGCUUAUCAUCUGAUCCAGGCUCGCGCUCGGGCUGCCUGACGUCUCCUCACCGAGAAGUGGAUGACUUCGUGUUAACGGUGGUGAGGAGGGACGCCAUUCAAGGAAGCAUUAGGCGGUGGAACUACUUUGCCGCCGAGCAGCUGCUGGUCUAUGACAUCGCCAAGUACCGCUGGUGUGACAACGUGGGCCGCUUUCACAAAAGCAACAACAUCAUGAUUGUGGUGGAUCUCAAAGAGGAAGUGUGGUACCAGAAGUGUCAUGAUCCUGAGUGCAGGAACUUCAGAUCCUCAAGUUACCCACUGCCACAGGAGAUCUGCAUCAGCUACAUUAUGAUGCUGGACGAGGCGGACCAGGCAUACAUGAUGGAUGAGGCAGGCAACAUUGAACCCAGACAGGCACCAAAGCCGGCGCCUGGGGAUCAGGAAUUUGGCGACGCGUGGGGAAGAGGCACCGAGGACGACCGGGAAUUCUCGGACUGCCUCGACGACUUUGAGCUGAACACCGAGGAAAUCUCGGAUGAGCUGCUGCUCGGCUCCGUGGAAGAUUUCCAUUGGCAGUAAAUGGUGAUGCCAAGAGUCCAAGAGAAGUUACCGAUGCACUUUAUUGAACUGUUAAGUCUCAAUUGUACUCACAACUUAAGCACAAAACAGCAAAAAAAAAAUAUUUUAUACAUUAUUAUACAAACACAAUGUGGUUUGAACAGGUAGGGUCUCAAUUCCAAACAUCAUGAUUCACCGUUAAGCCGAGUGAUGUGACAAAGGCAGAAUUAAAAGCACAGCUAUUACGUGCUUCCAUUUGAA